CUUGCGUUGGGUACCAGUUUCACGGUGUCAGUGUAACCCUGGCUCUCUCGGUGAAUCAGACUCCGUGUUCCCCGCUGUCGGAGGGAUUUAAAUCGGCCACAAUGGUCAGCAACGUCAGAUUUAAAAGCCGAAUGCUGAAAUCGGAGGAGAAGGAGGUAAAGACAGGCAAUUUCCCGGCUACCGAACGGAAUGAUACACCCAACAGCGAAACGAGGAGGAAUCUGGCCUGCAGCAAUGCAACAUGGGAUGUGGAAAAAGAAUAUGUGGGAUUCGCCACAUUGCCCAACCAGGUCCAUCGCAAAUCAGUGAAGAAGGGCUUUGACUUCACGCUAAUGGUAGCAGGAGAGUCGGGGCUUGGGAAGUCUACUUUAGUCAAGAGCCUCUUCCUUACAGAUCUUUACAAAGACAGGAAGCUUCUCAAUGCUGAAGAGAGGAUCAAUCAAACAGUGGAGAUUUUAAAACACACAGUGGACAUUGAAGAGAAAGGUGUUAAAUUAAAGUUGACGAUAGUUGAUACGCCUGGAUUUGGCGAUGCAGUCAACAACAUACAAAGCUGGAAGCCUAUAGCGGACUAUAUUGACCAACAAUUCGAGCAGUAUUUCCGUGAUGAGAGUGGCCUAAAUCGCAAGAACAUUCAGGAUAACCGUAUCCACUGCUGCUUGUAUUUUAUCUCUCCCUAUGGACACGGGCUGCGGCCACUGGACACGGAGUUUAUGAAAGCGUUACAUCAGAAAGUGAACAUUGUACCAAUAAUUGCAAAAGCAGACGCGCUCACUCCCAUCGAGGUGAAGAAACUCAAAGAGAGGAUAAGAGAUGAAAUUGAACAAUACGGAAUUAAAAUAUAUCAAUUUCCUGAAUGUGACUCAGAUGAAGAUGACGAAUUUAAAAAGCAAGAUAAAGAACUAAAGGAGAGCAUUCCCUUUGCAGUCAUCGGCAGCAACACAGUGGUGGAAGCUCGAGGUCAGAGGGUCCGUGGCCGACUGUAUCCAUGGGGCAUUGUAGAAGUGGAGAACCAGGCACACUGUGAUUUUGUAAAACUGCGGAACAUGCUGAUCCGAACACACAUGCAGGACCUGAAGGAUGUUACCUGGGACAUUCACUAUGAGAACUUCAGAGCUCGGUGCAUUCAGGAAAUGACAAGUAAAUUGACCCAGGACAACCGAGCAGAAAGUCCCCUCCCCAUACUCCCAGUGCCAACUCCGGAUGCAGAGACAGAGAAACUGAUCAAAAUGAAAGAUGAAGAGCUCCGGCGAAUGCAGGAAAUGUUGCAACGAAUGCAACAGCAAAUGCAAGACCAAUGAGUGAUGGACUGAGACUGAGCAAAGAACAAAGACUCACCACUUCAACCAAAUCCAACUGGAGUGAGGAAGGUGACACAAGACGCAGGGCGAGCCCCUGGGGGAAAUGCACUGUACAGAAUGUGUCAUGUGUUUCCUGUUAUACUCUAGAGACAGCUCAAGGGUCACCUUGUGUCUGGCCUACCCUGUAUAGUGCCACCAUAUAAUUUACAUAUCCUGCUUGUUUGUCUGGGUUUGUAUUUAAUAUCUUGUCAGUACAAUUUAACAACAUUCAGAGGGAUAUCUACAUUGGAAUGCUUAUGUGGAAAAUACUCUUUACUAAUAAAUGUUUUCAAAUGGGUCUGACUUCAGGUAUUGGGUUUUUUUUAAAGGUCAGGAGUGCACGUGCUGGCCAGUGAAUAAUUUUGUACACAUUGACAUCCCAUUUUUUUCUGAUAACCGCAGAGAAAAGCAGAAAUGACAGUUUGCAUUUUUCUUUAAGCUCUCCGUAUCUUCAUGCUAAGGUUUGAAUAGAAACCCAUGAAUAUUCUGGGCGAAAUUGCACAAAACUCUGCCAUGCCUCAAAGCCCGUCCAUCAAAAUCAUCAUAAGAACAUAAGAAAUAAAAAUAAGUAUAGUCCUUCCUUACCCACUGGAUCACCAUUCACUAUGAUCAUGGCUGAUCUUCUACCUCAGUGCCAUUUAUUAACACAUGGCUAUUUGCCAGCAAAACCCCCAUAUCCCCUGGUUCCCUUCAUGUCAAGGUGGGUAUAGGGAACAUGCUGCCAUAGGAUGCAGCUGAGGCAGGUAGCAUAACACCAUUGAAAAGAAACUUGGAAAGGUACAUGGAUAGGAAAGGUUAGAGGGAUAUGGGCUAAACAUGAACAAAUGGAAGUAGCUUUGAUGGGCUAUCUUGGUCGGCAUGGACAAGAUGGACCUCAGGGAGUGUUUCCAUGCCGUAUGAUUCUAUGACAUUGUAUCUAUCAAUCUAUGCUUUUAAUGAAUAAUGAUCAAACAAUGGAACCUGAAUAAGAGUUCAGAUUGGCAAUGAGGAAGUUCAUUGUGUAUUGAAUACAAGAUUUCUCCCAGAAUGGUUUCAUGUCUAUGUCAAUUGAAUAAUUCUUUUCUCUUUUCAGUGAACUCUGGCUGCGUAGAAACCAUUAUUAAGACAAACCUAGUUUAUGUUUCAGAAGGCACAAAAUUGUCCUUGGGGGAAAAAUAUAUCACAGCACUGUGUAAAUGCAUUUAUCCUGCUUGCAACGUUUAAUUCAGUUGACUCCGUUGGACAGAAUUUUGGAAGCAGAUUCCAAUGAACAUACAAAUCACAUUUAGCACAUGCAAUGGGAGACACAUUUCCCUACCGAAGUGUGAGACACAUUCCAAUACUUCUACAAGCCUUUUCCAGGCUUACAAGCUUUCUCCUUGGAGAAAGUUCGGCCAGUUUCACUAGUAUUUCACCAUGCUUUUGAUGAUUGAAAGAAGAAUUUGCAUAAAUUAGCUUUGCAUUCCCUGUAAAUUACAGAACGAAGGGUGAUUUCAGAGAGUUUUGAUCAUUCUGAAUGGAAUUAAUGGGAUAGAUAGAGGAACUGACUUGCUGAAGUGCUGUCAGACAAAGGUACUUCACAUAAACCAAAGUAAUUCAGAAAAAUAAUUAGGAUUCACUUCUCCCCACAAGAGUAGUAGUAGUAGCACGGGAUACUUUCCUACAGAAAACAGUAGAUUCUAAAGCAUUGCAAAUGUUUAAAUCUCAGAUUCAUUGAUUACUGCUGUCCAGGGUUAUAAAGGGAUAUGUGCCAAAGGCUAGUGAAAAAGUUAUAAUACAGAUCAGCUGCAAUUUUAUUGAAAGAUGGAACAGGCCUCGGUAUGAAUGGCCUACUUUAAAAAAAAUUAUCGGGCAUUGUUAAAAAGAUGUAGAAAUAUCAUUCAUAUUGUAUAUUUCAGGAACACUUCUAAUGAAACACUUUGAAGAUGUAGUCGCUGUUGGAAAUCACAACAGAUAAUUAUGUGCCAUAUGGUUCCACACAUACCGUAAUGAAAUUAAUAGCAUGUGGUAUAAUACAGUGACGAUGACUGAGAUAUAAAUGUUGGCUGGAGAGUCGGAGAACACCUUGCUCUUCCUGGACCAUCUAUGUCUACUUGAGGAAAAAUUCCAUUCUAAUAUUUAAACUUUACUCAGUUUACAGCUUUUGCGUAUUUUAUGCUUCUGAUAAAAACUAGGCAGUCAUGCCAAAAGGAUGAAGAUUUUCUUUCCUGCUCCUCCCCCCACCCGACUCAGCAGCUUUCAGCUUAUUUUUCUCUGUAACUAUUUGGUACCUGUGUAUCAUUAACAGGAGGCCCCAUAUGUUGUAGCACUCUACCUAUUUUGCUGUCUGCCUCAAAAGAAGGCACAGAGUAGGGAGUUCCCUUCAAGCUGUAAAUGGAAACAGCUUGGCACAGUAUCUUUGUGGCAUUACAGACAAGACAAGCUUCUGUUGAUAGAUUCUGAUGAGCAGUUCAAUUUCUACAACAUUACACUCAUUACAGUCAUUGUAAUAUAAAGGGUAAUGUAAUAUUUAUUAAUGUUUGGAUCAAAAAUCUCACUCUUUGCUUGGUGUAGUGCAUUACCCAUUCCCUGUAUGGUUCCCUGUGUUUUUAUACUUCCUGUAAACAGGUGCAUUUACUGAAGGCACGCUGCAUUAUAUCCCCUUGUAGCGACAAUGUAUCUUUUGUCAUUACUUAAUGUAGAGCAUUUUAAUAUAUUUCUGAAAAGCCUACUGAACCAUCUUAAUAAAUUGGCAUCAUGCUUGUGUUUAGCAUAUCAAUUCCAAA